AUGGCCGACAAAAACGUUGUUGACCCGCCCGACCUAUUCGGCAUGCGAACAAAUGCCAAGCGUAGACACACGAACCUUCUGCGACAAGCAAGAGAGUUAAUAAACAUCAACGCCACGCGAGAAGAAUUCGAAGCAUUCAUGCCAACUCUCGAACUGGCGCACAGUAAUCUCGUUCACAUUCACGAACGAUACGUGGCCGCCGCACAACUUGACGAUGGUGAACUGCACGCAGCAGCCGCCUACUUCGAAAGCAUCAACAAUCUGCAAGCCGCAUGUGUUCAAGCAGUCGCUGCCGCCUUACGAAGAACAGCCCCUCGACGCGCAUGGAACAUUUCCAACACCGUGGUCCGUGAGCUGAGUCAAAAUGUAUCAACUCCUCAACCUAAUCAAGAGAUCGACGCUGUGGGCAUCGUACCAGAGCCGCAACAGUCAAACGGCACACCACAGCCGACCCAAGACGAUCGAUCGAACGACACGCAGCACGACACCUUAAAUCACGUAAAUUUCGACCUUCACACAGCAGCAAAACAACGCAAAAUCGAUCUUGAAUUUCGAUUGAAGCAAGCAAAAAUAAAACAGGAUCGUGAACUCAAAGAUCUAGAGCUCAAAAACGCGCGGGAACGAGAAGACCUGGAACUUGAAAUUCAGUACGAAAAUCACUUGAUCGAGAGCUGUGGUUAAGGCUGUGGUGGUGCAAUUGGAUCACCGCAAUUAUCGUCCACACCCAACUUACCAAGCAACGUCCCGAUGAAUGAUUUGGCUAACCUUCCGCUUCUGCCAGCUGUCGUUAACUCGACUCCACCGACGCAACCUAAUUUUGCCCCGUCGCAUCAUUGGCUGAAGCUAGACGUGGAAAAAUUCAAUGGAGACCCCCGUAAAUGGCUUAAAUACGCCCACGGUAUAAGAGCAACGAUCCGAGAUGUAAAUAUGCCCGAAUCGCUGAAACUUCUGGGGCUUCAAGAAAGUUUGAAGGAAGACAUCCAGCGUCGUGUCGCUCAUAUUUUCACGGGUGCGUACACUUUUCAAUCGGCUUGGGCCGAGCUAGAAAAAAAAUAUGGAAGCCCGCACCUUAUCAUACAAGCACACGAUCAGCAUAUGCAGCAGCUCCCUUCAUUCAGAAACGGGGACUUUAACGCACUCUUUAAUUUGGCCGCUGCAGUACGCGACGCCGUGUCAAGCGUAGAUGAAAGCCACGUCAUGAUGUUCAACACCGUCGCCAACUUACUUCAUGCCAAAUUGCCGAUCAACUUACAAACAGACUGGGGAAAAUAUGCUUAUGGUUUAGACAGAAUGGCCACCUUAAAAGAUUUCGACAAAUGGAUCGAUCGCGUGCUCAGCGCUGAAGAACUUCGUGGCGGAAAGCUAUCGUCAUCCAACGCAAUGAACGCUGUUAAAAACCCCAUUCAGCCUUCAAAUAGCAACCGUCAGUUGGGCAGCUACACACCCGGAAGCAGCAACUACAAUAACCGCGGAGCGACCGUUCUCGCAGGAUCCUUAUCAAACGUUACCACCCUUUCUGACUGCCUGGCCUGCAAAGAAAGUCCGGCCCACAGGUUAGAGAUGUGCAACGUGUUUAAACGAAUGUUGGUGAAUGCCCGCGCAUCGCUGUGUGCCACCAACAAUCACUGCUUCAAGUGUCUCGUCCGCGGCCACUAUGGACGGAAAUGCAACUCAACCGAAUCGAAAUGCAAGGAGUGCCAGGGCCCGCAUCAUUCGCUGCUUCACGGAGCCGAACGACAGUUUCCUGCCUCAUCGCGGAACCAAGGUAAAAACCAUACUAUAUUAAUGGUAAAGGCACCAACAGCCAAUAUCCGCCCAGUCCUAUUAGCUGUUGUCAAACUCGUAGUGGAAAUGAACAAUUCGGCUCAAACAACCUUCGCGAUUCUUGACCAAGGCAGCGAAGCUACUCUCAUAUCGCGAAAGCUAGCGAAUUUGCUUAAGUUGAAAGGUCCUUCAGCCAGCAUUUGCUUCGGCUCGUUUAACAACUCUGUGUUAAUGGAUUCGAACAUCGUAUCAUUCAAACUCAAAUCGAUCGACGGAUCGCAAGCGUUCGACGUUCGCGAAGCGUUUGUUGUCCCCAGCAUUAAUCUUUCGCAACGCAAAAUUAACUGGCCUGGCAUCAAGAAACGAUGGGAACAUUUGGCCGACAUCGACUUACCUGCCAUAGACUCUUCCAAAGUAGAAAUUCUUGUGGGGAUGGACAUGUUACCAGCUCUUCGAACGCUAAACACUGCUGCCCCAAAUGAUGGUGAAACCGGCCCUACCGCUUUGCAAACGUGUUUUAGCUGGGCUGUAGUGGGCAAAAUACCGUUGUGUCUAGUCGCCGGACCGAGCAACAAAAGCAGCGUGAACUUAGGUUUCGUCCGACAAGAACCCUUUCUAUCAGAAGUAGUUGACCGUUUCCAUUUAACUGAAACUUUCGGCGUCGUGGCAAAAGCCGCGAAAACAAAUACAGCGGCCAACGAAGACGAGCAGAUGUUGAGCAUCUUACAGCGAUCGAUAAAAUUUAUUGGAUGUGGUUACCAAGUAGAACUUCCGCUUCGUCAAGACAGACCGGUCAUACCAAACAACAGAGGACAAGCAGUUUCCCGUUUCUGUGGCCUGGAACGCCGAAUGUUAGAGCCACAUAUGCGCGAGACCGCCGCAAAAUACGUAACCAUUGUCGAGAAUCUUAUAUCGUCAGGAACCGUGGUCGCCGUCAACUGGUCGGACAUAAACAAGCCGGAAGGUAUGGUUUGGUAUCUACCUCACUUCUACGUCGUUAACCCGAACAAACCCGAAAAAAUUCGAGUUGUCUUCGACUGCGCUGCGCUUUACAGAGGUGUGCCGCUUAACCAUUAUCUUUUGCGUGGCCCGCCGUUCAUCCCGUCGCUAGUCGGCAUCCUCCUCCGCGCUCGUCAGUUUCCCGUCGCACUCACCGCUGACAUCACUGCGUUUUACCACAGAGUUGGUGUGGCCGAAAAACAUCAGUCCUUACAACGAUUUGUCUAUCGCGAAUUUGGCAGUAACGCACCAAUCACAACCUACCAAUUCGCAACCCUGGUAUUUGGAGCUGUUUGUUCCUCCUCUGCCGCAAUAUUCUUUUUACAGCAUGCAGUCAACGCAAACGUACAAUAUCCGCAGGUCGCCGAUAAAUUGAAAGACAAUUUUUAUUCCGACAAUUUGAGCGACUCAUUCGAAACUAACGGCGAAGCAAUAAAUUUCGAAAAGCAAGUAACGCAGUCUCUCGCGUCCGCCGGUUUUAGUCUGACAAGCUUCGAGUCGUCAUCCCGGCAAGUCUUGGCAACCAUCCCAGAAAAUCAGCGAACUUCAAACACCGUUGACUUGAAUAAAGACGUGCUACCUGUGGAAUAUCUUCUUGGUAUGGUGUGGGAUCUUAACUCGGACUCUUACGGCAUCAGAAUAAAAUCAAUGCCAACGGUUACUACAAAACGAGAAUUAUUGUCCGCAAUUUCUCUCACAUUCGACCCUCUCGGCAUUUGUCUUCCGGCCAUUACCGGCGCUAAACUGUUAUUUCAACAGACACAAAAACUGGCGAAAGAUACACCGGAUGUUCGCUCCGAUUUUGUGUUGGUCAUUUUUGCCGAUGCUUCGUCCGUCGCCUUCGGAGCGGUCGCCUACCUGCGCGUACGAUUCGGUGAUAAAAUUCAUGUCAGCUUCGUCAUGGCCAAAGGUCGCCUGGCACCCCUCAAGCCGACAACCAUUCCCCGACUGGAGUUGAAAGCGGCAGUAUUGGCCGUCAACCUGUCGUUGUUCGUGAAACAGGAGCUUCGACUUUCGUUUUCCUCAGUUGAGUUUCAUACGGACUCACAAAUUGUUUUGUAUCAGCUUCGCGCCUCUCACCCCGGUCACCCAUCAUUUGUAAACAAACGGACAAAUGAGAUUCUACAGCACUCGAUGGUUGAUCAAUGGCACUACAUUCGCAGCAGCGACAAUCUCGCCGACGAUUGUACCCGAGGAAUCGUUCCGAAAGACUUUGGGCCGAAUUGCCGCUGGAUUCGAGGGCCAGAUGUUCUUUUCAACGUGUCGUACUCUCCGCCGCCAUUCGAUCAGCAAAGCAUUAAGGCUAAAGAAAACGAAGAAAUACAGGCGGUCAAUGUGCAACAGCUGCACGUUGCUAUAAGUUCUUGCCACCCGUUGUCAUCCGCUUUGUCUAAACUCAUCACCCGAAGCAUUCAACUUAACACUCUGAAACGAGAAGCUGCUCUGCUGCUGUGCGGCGACUCCACGUCGAAUGAUGAUCUGAAUUCCGACGAGAUCGCCGAAGCCUUCCGCAUCUGUCUGCUAGUGUCGCAGCAGGACGCAUUCUCACGGGAACGUGCAGCUCUUCAGAAAGGAAAAACGAUCUCUCGUGACUCCGUCUUGAGGCGGGUCGGGCCAUACCUCGACCCAGACGACGGCCUGUUGAAAGUCGAUGGAAGAUUGGGCCACGCAGUGAUGCCGGCACGUACCCGUAACCCAAUAAUAAUUGCACCGGAUCAUCCACUUACAAGGCUUAUCAUCAGCGACCGUCAUUUACAAUUGCUCCAUUCUGGUGUGGAACACACGUUGGGUGUUGUUCGUGAGCAGUUUUACCUCCCACAAGGACGCAGGGCCAUCCGGCGUACACGUGCACAGUGUACCAAAUGUAAGAUGCUGCGUGCUAUGCCUCAGGCACCAUGA